UAACAUGAUUAGUCAAUUUGUUAUAUAUGAGGGCUUAAAAACUCUUUGCAGAUCUGACUUUGACUUUUCAUAAUAUAUAUUUUGCAAUCGAGUAUUUGGCUUUGCUUGGUAACAUAAGCUCAUUGCUACAAUGACCAUCAUCUCAUGUAUAUUUCGUAAUAUUCUCGUCGCAAUUUUAAUCUUAUCUGGCUCUUGUUAUUGCGAUAAAGCCGGACAUUAUACAUUUAUGAAAGAUGCAACAUUGGCACCAAAGCAUGCUCGUUUCGACUACAUAAUCAUCGGUGGAGGAACCGCAGGUUGUGCAUUAGCCGCAACACUCUCUCAAAACGCCAGCGUUUUGGUUCUAGAACGCGGUGGCUCGCCCUAUGACAAUCCCACGGCCAGUGAUAUUGGCAACUUCGCCAACACACUCUUUAACAACACACCGAACUCAUGGUCGCAGCAUUUCAUCUCCGAGGACGGCGUUUACAACACACGGCCACGUGUCCUCGGUGGAGGCUCGGUAAUAAACGGUGGAUUCUACACGCGUGCGGGCGAUGAUUACGUGGAUGAAGCUGAGUGGGAGAUGGAGGAAGUGGAAGCUUCUUACCAGUGGGUCGAGAAGAAACUUGUGUUCAAGCCACAAGUAAUGGGAUGGCAAUCGGCGUUCAAAGAUGGGCUUUUGGAGGCUGGAGAGUUUCCGGACAAUGGUUUCACGUACGAUCAUAUCUACGGGACUAAGAUCGGUGGUACGAUCUUUGACCAUGCCGGUCAUAGACAUACCGCGGCCAAUUUGUUAGAGUAUGCUGAUCCGGAGGCGAUUGUUGUUUACUUGCAUGCUUAUGUUCACAAGAUCCUCUUCACCACCAAAGGUAGCCAGAAACCAAAAGCAUACGAAGUGAUAUUUGAGGACGCAAAUGGAAUGUUCCACAAGGCAGAGCUAGCAAAUAACGCAAUGAACGAAGUGAUCUUGUCUGCUGGAGCAAUGGGUAGCCCGCAACUGUUGAUGCUAAGUGGCGUAGGUCCUGCAGCCCAUCUUGCGGCUCACGGCGUGAAUCCACUCGUCCUAGAUCACCCUAUGGUUGGGCAUGAGAUCGCUGAUAAUCCCAUGAACGUUGUAUUCAUCCCUUCUCCUCAACCAGUAGAAGUGUCCCUCAUACAAACUGUUGGGAUCACAAAGUUUGAUAGUUACAUUGAAGGUGGAAGUGGCUUGAGUCUCUCUUUUGACUUGACCCGUAGGUUUUUCGAUGGUGUUUUGAAUCUUUUUAAGUCUAGGAAUAUCCUGACCCACUCUAUUGAAGUCCUUUUGAAAUCUUUGGAUCUUGGAUUGGACGUAAUGAUUAAUGGGGGUUUGAUCGUUCAAAAAAUCGAUGGACCGGCCUCAAAAGGACACAUGGAGCUCCGGAACACGGACCCAAGGGAUAACCCUUCAGUGACAUUCAACUACUAUCAAGAACCUGAGGAUUUGAACAAGUGUGUUAAAGGGCUUAACACCGUUAUUCAGACGAUAAAUUCUAAAGCCUUCUCCAAGUACAAGUACCCAGGUGUGACCGCACGUGAGCUGCUCAAUCUCAUGUUGGGCCUUCCCAUCAAUCUGAGGACAAGGCACGUGACCUCAACGUUCAACUUGACGCAGUUUUGCAUCGACACUGUGAUGAGUAUUUGGCAUUACCAUGGAGGUUGCCAAGUUGGAAGAGUGGUUGACAAGAAUUACAAAGUCAUAGGCAUAGAUUCCUUAAGGGUAAUCGAUGGAUCCACAUUUCUGAAGUCUCCAGGGACUAAUCCCCAAGCCACGGUCAUGAUGCUUGGAAGGUAAGCAUACAGACCAAAUGAUCACAAAAUCAAUGAAUAAGAUAUGCUUUUUGAAGAAAAAUGAUUGUUAAAGUUCUAUGUGUAGGUACAUAGGGCAGAAAAUUCUUCGGGAAAGGGCGGUUAUCCACGAAAAGUAGCAAAAAGCCUAAGGUUAAAUAUAAUUGUUGUGACUAAACUUAAAUUCAUACCCUUUUUUAUUGAUUAGUACAUUGCAUUACAACAACUAAAAAGGGAAAGAGUAAGAGAGUAGACGAAAGUUCUCGUAUCUAUAACCAAAAAGACGACAUUUUAAACCACAAAUCCUAUUAGGAUGCUUAACUAAAGAUUGAAAUAGCGUAUAAUCUCGAAGAGAGAAAAUAACAAAGCGGAUAAGGAAGAAAUCCCAAAAGAAUACAAAGGAAAGACGGGCACUUUACUUACCACGCUGCAUUAGUUUUGUCUUGUAGAAGAUGUGAAGUUAUUUACAAAGAACGAGAGUGGUUAUUGAUGUUGAUUAUUGAUUUAUCUUCUGAACUCAAAUAUUUCUUAUUUAGUAUUUUCGAGAAAGAAUUUUUUAUCUUUUAAUAUAAUCUC